CCCCGCAGCCGGCGCAUGAUGAACUCGCUGCUGUUCGGCGAGAUGGCGCUGGCCUUCGGUUGCCCGGGCGGCGGCGGCGGCGGCGGCCCGGGCGGCGGGGGAGCCGGAGGCGGUGGUGGCGCGGGGCCCGGGCCGUCUCCCGUGACCGCCGCGCUGCGGGACGACCUGGGCUCCAACAUCUACCUGCUGAAGGGGCUCAACGUGCGUUUCCGCUGCUUCCUGGCCAAGGUACACGAGCUAGAGCGGCGCAACCGGCUGCUGGAGAAGCAGCUGGAGCAGCAGCAGAGCGAGCGCGAGCGCCGGCUGCGGUAUAAAACCUUCUCCCGAGAGCAGGCGGUGCAGACGGGCCCCGAGCUCGCCCUGGCCCUGGCCCGAGCCGCCGGCCCGCAGCCCCAGCCGCAGCCGCCGCCGCCGAUCGGCGCCAACGGCAACGUGCCUCCGGGCGCCGGCGGCUCGCACCCCCAGCAUUACAGCCGCCUGCCGGGCACCAUCUGGAGCUACACGCAGGUCCGGCGCACGGGAGGCGGCGGCGUGGAGACCGUGCAGGGCCCCGGCGUGUCCUGGGUGCACCCGGACGGCGUGGGCGUGCAGAUCGAUACCAUCACCCCCGAGAUCCGGGCCCUCUACAACGUGCUGGCCAAGGUGAAGCGCGAGCGGGACGAGUACAAGAAGAAAUGGGAGGAGGAGCUGGCCAAGCGCAUGCACCUGGAGACCAUGGUAGAGACACUCCAAGAGGCGGCCCAGGAGGCAGAAGCCAUCCAGGAGGAGAUGAAUGAGAAGAUCGAGCGGCUGAAGGCUGAGCUGGUGGUGUUUAAGGGGCUGAUGAGUGAUCCCAUGACAGACCUGGACACAAAGAUCCAAGAGAAGGCCAUGAAGGUGGACAUGGAUAUCUGCCGGCGAAUCGAUAUCACGGCCAAGCUGUGCGAUGUCGCACAGCAGCGGAACUCGGAAGACGUGUCCAAGAUCUUUCAGGUAGCAUCCAAGAAGAAGGACCGUAAGGUAACCUCCGAGGACGACGUUUCUGAGCAGGACGGGGAGGUCACCCGGCUGUCGGACGAUGAGGUCAGCUCCAUGAACAUCACGGAUGAAAUGAAGCGAAUGUUCAACCAGCUGAGAGAGACCUUUGACUUUGAUGACGAUUGUGACAGUCUCACGUGGGAGGAGAACGAGGAUACCCUGCUGCUCUGGGAGGACUUUACCAACUGCAACCCGUCCAUUGACCUGCAAGGAGAGCAAGAGGAAAAUUUGGGCAACUUGAUUCACGAAACUGAGUCCUUCUUCAAGACGAGAGACAAGGAGUACCAGGAGACGAUAGGACAGAUUGAGUUGGAACUAGCCACAGCCAAGAGUGACAUGAACCGUCACUUGCACGAAUACAUGGAGAUGUGUAGCAUGAAGAGGGGCCUGGAUGUCCAGAUGGAGACUUGCCGCCGCCUCAUCAAAGGCUCUGCCGACAGGAACUCGCCGUCCCCCAGCUCCAUGGCCAGCAGCGACUCGGGAAGCACAGAUGAGACCCAGGACGAGUUUGAGAGAGACGCGGAAGUGGAGCCGAUGGUCAGCUGAUGAACCUUGGGGAGGGUGCCUGGAGAGCUGGGGGGAGCGCGGGGACCUCCUCCCCACCCCGGGAGACCUGGGGGGACGAGGGAGCCAACACUGACCACGCCCUGGAGGACUUCCGCCACUCUCCCUCCCCCCACGCCCCACCCGGGGCUUCUGCGGACUGCUGCUUCCCUCCGCCGCCCACCGCCACUGCCCGCCACCCUCCUCCUCCUCCAUCCACUCGCCCACCGCCCCCACCCGAGGAUUGGUGCUGUCAAUUUCUAUUCUACACUACAAAUGCGAACUCUGUCCGAGAUACGGUGUUAAUUGUGCCUUUCCCCUUAAGCUGAGCCGCUUAAAGAACUCUUCCGAGCUGGUUUUUAUAUUCAGUUACCAGAGGGGUGGCCAGACCCCGGAUGGCACAGGUGGCGUUCGGUACCCUCCCACCUGCUGCUCUGAUUGGCAGGACUCCUUACCUGCCCGGGCCCGCCCCGCCCCACCGGCCCCUGACCCCUCCCCAUCGGCCCCUGACCCCUCCUGGGGAGGGAAAGGGGGCCUUGGCUCCCAGAUCCCCUGCAAAGAAAGGGGGGGUCGCCCAGACACUUUCUGUGGAAGAAAGGAUCUGUGCUUGAAGUGUUUGGGGGAAGGAGGAAGAGAGGGGAAAAUGCCCCCACCCCUUUAUUUUUUUCUCAGCCCAAAUAAAAAAAAAAAAAAAAACUAGUCAUGAGGGAAGCUGCGGAAGGGGAGGAUUGACACUGUGUUCAAACUACUAUGCAAAAAAAAAAAAAAAAAAAAGAGCUCGCCUUAUUUAUAUAUGGGAUAUAUAAAUAUUUCCCUCUCCCUGCCCCCACCUUGGGUUUUUCUCUGGACCGGGAGAGAGGCUGAAGGCGAUCUCUCCAUGUGCCCCAAAGGCUUAGCUGGGACUUUGCUUCCAGGGAUGCUGACCUAGACAGAGUCCUUCCCUUCUCUCGGCCUCAGUUUGUUCUCCGGUAAAACGGCGCGGGGAGAUGGUGAGCUGAGCUGUUGCUGAAAGUCCGCGGAGGCCGAGCCUCCCUCAAAUAGUGUGGUGGGUGGGGAGCAAUAGGAGCCACGGAAGGGGGUCGGGCCGGCGCGGCUCCCGCCCUCCACUGUCCCGGGUCGCUUCUCCCCCCUUGACAGACAAGGGCGCCGUCUUGCUUUCCAUCCCCGGCCAGGCUGUGGCCACGGCCAGGAGACCAGGGAGGGAGGGUCCUGGGAAGCCCCACCAGGGGUAUCUCUUGCAUGCCCACCGCCAUUUAUGAGAUAGAGCCUCUGCACUAUGAUACUGACUGACCGAGGGGGAGGCAUUUGGGCCUGGGAUGGGGUUGCCACGACGCAUUAGCCUCUCAGCCCCUUGCCAGCCCCCAAAUAGACUUUACAAAAAGGGUGCACUACAAGUGGACUUUUAUUUGACUCCUGGGCUCCCCCUGGAGGACCAAGGAGCACCUUGCUUAAGUUAGGGAUGGUGAAGGGCCGGCCAGGUACCCCUGCCCCUUAUCCCACCAAGCCAGGAGGCCACUCAGAGCUCUCACGGGGCUCUUCCAUUUCUUCUUCCAAGGAGCUCAUCUUUCCCCGCAUUUUCCUACUGCAGGGGACCAGCAGGAACCCUAUGGAAACCACCUCAUUCCCCAAAGGGGACUUUUUUCCCUUUUCCUAUUUUUUUUGUUGCCAUUCUGUAUAUAAUAUACAUAUUAUAGAUUAUAUAUAUAUAUAUAUAUAUGGAAAAAGAAAGUGUUUGUGUGACCAUUUCUAAUUUCUCAGACCUCAGUGGCCUUUGUCAUCAUUUUGUUGGUGGGGGGACAUCCUGGCCCCCCAGUUGGCCCAGAGGUGCCCCAGCUCAUGUCCCCAGUAGCUCUGACUAGCCAAAGCAGGGUCUGCUCAUGAGCCUUCUGGGUGCAGUGGCUUGGGGGCCAGCAGGGCCCUCCUGCUCAUCCCCACACUGUCUCUCUCUCUGUAUUUUUAGACAACAGGGUUCAAACACACGUCCUACAUGGAACCAUCCGUUCUAUUUUAAUUUUAACCAAAGGGUAGCAGAGCCCUGUGGGCUUCAUCCUCGGCUGCUAUGAAGAACUCUCCACUCCCUCCAGGCUGGGAGAUGUCCAGCCGAUGCCUGCACAUCCCCCUCUCCCCGCCAAGGUCCUUUUCUUUCUGUAGACCCCCAAGACUGGGGUUUGAUGAUCCCCCAGGGCACAUCUGUCUCCCUGAGCUUCCUUUUCUGUUUCUCAGAACCAUAGGGCAAGAACGGGCAGAGAGCCGGCGGCCGAUUCCCUUCGGGGAGGCCGCCAUCCCUUUGUAUGGCAUGCUGUGUCCCAGAAGCACCCAUAACCCCUUUUCUGGGCAUUAUAUUCCAGGUGAUGGGAAGGUGACAUAUCUUUAGAGUUAAGACUGAUAGUAUAAGUAUUUGAGGGCAGCUGUGGUAGUUGCCAUGGUGACUGGUGUCUGAUGGUAUUAUUUCGGCUUUUGUAGGCCCGGGUGGUUUCUUUCUGUGGGUUCUGUGGGAUGGUGAAUGACUGGGUUAUGAGGAGCCGGCCAUCUUUGUGCAGAGCUCAUCCCCCAGGCUGGCUUCUGGUCGGAGAGCAAUCUGUGGGUCCGGCUGGCAGGAGACCCUCUGGAUGAAUGUGUGGCCUUCUGGGAACUCCCAGCAGAUCUGGUUUCUGGGCCUUAGCCUGAUUUAAGUCCAGCUCCGAAUCGUCGCAAGCCUCCUUUUCCCGAGCCCGUGGCUUUCCAGGAAUUGUCCCAGCUCUCCUCCUGCUCCCCCCAACUCACCACUGUUAGGGCCAGCGCUGGGCCCGCAUUGGAACUACCCAGUCCUUCCUUUGUAAAGUUGUAAAUACUUACUCGUUUUUCUAUUUCUAGGCACGGCGUCAUAUUGAUGCCGGUAUUUUAGAAGGGUUCCUAUUCACACCUCUUUCCCUCCAUCACUUGUUUUGGGUUUGGGGGCAGGGGUGGGGGGAGAGAGAAAACAGGGAUUGGGGGAGGGGGGUUGUUGUUUUUACUUAAUGGCAAAGAGGACGGAUACCGUCAUACGUAAUCACUGAGGGGGUUGGGGAGAGGGUAGCGGAGGGGAGGCUGGCAGAAUUCCCCUGGGAAUUCCUUGUGUUUUCCAUUGGCCAAUUUUUCAUCCAAAGUGUUCAAAGAUAGAGGCAGGGGACUGUGUGUGUGCUCCCACGGUGAGCUCACAGACACAACGAUAGCUCAAUGAAUGGAAGGAAAGUAAUGAACUGAGGUGGUUGCAGGUGGGCGGGCUGGGGGGAAGGCAAAGAAAAAGAGUGAGUGUAACUGCCGCUUAAUGUACUCUAUUUAUGAAACAGGAGACCCACUCAUCUGUUUUGACAAAGGGAGAGGUUUGUGGGCUGACUCGCGGCUCCGAGCGGUACAGAGCCUUCUGAAGGGAGCCUGGGUGCUCCGGCUUGUUUCUGCUCUGUCUCUCUCCAGUCUCCCCUUCCUUCUCUGACAUCCGUGGGUCAGUGAGGAAGCAGGGGCGUUCAGAGCGAGGGCCCGGGAGCCAAGAAUCCCCGUCCUGCUGACAGCUACUUGGUGACUUUGUUCAAGGCAGUCCAGUUUUCUCUGGAUAGUGAGCAGGGCUAAAUAGGACCAGACAUCUUGAAUCUGCCCCUUCCUAGGCCUGGGACUAAAGGGAUGCUCAUAGGGAUAAGGAAGUCAAGGACGAGCUCCCCCUGAAAGAGAUGUCCCAUUUCUAAAACAUUUCUUUUUGGAAAGAUGGGCUUUGGGUCCAGGAUGCCCACUGAUCCCUCUUUCUACCCCCGAGGGUCCUGAUCCAAAGGUCAUUGGGUCCCCAACCCAAGAAAGCCUUAGGGAUUAGUCCUGUCCUAAACAUUUUACUUCUUCAGAAUACAAGUCUCUCUCUCCAGCAUCCUUUAAGAAGUGAUUCCCCUUCCCGUCCUGCCUGUAGGUUGGACCCCCAAAGUGGCUUGUCUCCAUUUUAAGAAGAGGUCUAUCUGGAGGUAGGGGAAAGGCUUUCUACUUAGUCCAGAUUAGGGUGGAAGACAGAGGGAGUAGGAAGGCAGGUUUUGGAGCAGCCUCUUUCUCUAGCCUGAGGGAGAAGGGUCCUGAGCAGAGCAGGGAAAGAGUAGAUUUGGAGGAGUACCAUUAUGGAGGGAUGGAUGGCAGGGAAUGGGCAGGGGCCGAGUUGUUAAAGUCAGUUCUAAGUUUGCCCAGAAUGGAACCCAAGCAAGUUUUCCAGAGUGGGACAUCUAGGUUAGAGGGGCAGUUUGGAUGCAGCACUUGGAUGAAGGAGCAGGUCUGAUCUCUUCUUAUUGCAAGAAAUCAGAGUCUGGACAGAUCAGUGUAUUCCUGCCCCUCCUGGCCUCUCAGAGAGAGAAAAAAAUAGUAUUGAAACUCCCUGCGCCUGUCCCUGGUAUUGGAACCCCUGGUAUUUAAAUGUAGUUCGAAACCUUAGCCCCAAAGGAAUAUUUAUUUACAGAGAGGGACUUGGGGUUCCCCUCCAACUCCCCCUACCCCAUGGGGUCCUAGAGUGUCCUGGUUUGUUUUUAUUUUAUUUUCUAUUCAUUCAAACAGACUACUGACCCCAUUGAAAACCAGCCUGUUUACUGUAUUGUUGUAAAUAAUUGUGCCCUUUAUAUUCUGUAUAUUAGCUUCUUUUAAAUAAAGUGAGAUGUCUUAGAA